AUGUCUGGAGGACAGCGAAGGCUCUCAAAGGUUCCCAGUCCCGUAAAUCAUCUCUCUGUUGUUGGAAAUUUCGUCGGUGCUUUGCUUGGUGCAUCCAUGGGACUAGAAGAAGGCCCAAUAUUCUUCUAUGCUGUUGGAUUGGCUCAUUAUUUGGUCCUAUUUGUAACUCUUUACCAAAGACUUCUUAUUUUAUUGCUCUCAUCCUUUAUUUCUCACUGUUUCUUUGUCAAGGCUGUUCGUAUUAAUUUCUUUCGAGGCUUCAGAUUUUCAUUGGCGUGGUGGGCGUAUACUUUCCCCAUGACCGGAGUUGCUAUUGCCACUGUGAGGUACUCUACUGCCGCUGCCAACACAGUGACAAAGUGUCUAGCAAUCAUACUUUGCUCUCUUGCUACACUAACAGUAACAGCACUGCUUGUGACAACUAUCAUCUAUGCCUUUGUUCUGAGAGACCUCUUCCCAAAUGAUAUUUCAAUUGCAAUUAGUGAAAGAAGGCAUAAAACAAUUGGAUUAUAG